GGUGGUUGGCGGAGGGUGGGGGAAGUGAGAAAGGGAAAAAUUCCCUAAAUAACGAAAUCCAAAAUAAUGGCGGAGGCUAAUCCGCAAAGAGGAAUGCCCAGGAUGCGGCGCACCGCGGCCUCCUUUCCUGGGAACCUCCACCUGGUGCUGGUGCUGCGGCCCACCAGCUUCCUCCAGCGCACCGCCACCGACAUCGGCUUCCGCUUCAGCCAGGAAGACUUCAUGCUCAAGAUGCCGGUGGUCAUGCUCAGCUCUGUCACAGACCUGCUGCGCUACAUUGAUGAGAACCAACUCACCUCUGAGUUUGGGGGCACGCUGGAGUAUUGCCAUACUGACUGGAUCGUCUUGCGCACGGCCAUCGAGAGCUUUGCAGUCACAGUGAAGGAGAUUGCUCAGAUGCUGCAGGCCUUUGGUACGGACCUGGCUGAGACAGAGCUGCCGGAUGAGGGAAAUGCCAUUGACUUUCUCCUUUUGUCCCACACUGAUAAAUACAGGCAACUUAAGGAUAACAUCAGGUCAGUGAUGAGGCAGGGGCGUCACCUCCUCUCCAACCUGGAGGCCUCCAGGACUGUGGAGGACUCCAGUGAGCAAAGAGAUGUCAACCAGGACUGGGAAACGGUGCAGAGGCUGAUGGCCCAGCUGCGGGACAUGGAGAUGGCCUUCGACGAGUUCUUUGAGAAGCAUCACCUGAAACUGAAGCAGUACCUUCAGCUUCUGAGAUAUGAGCAGAGCUUCCAUGAGAUGGAAGCCAAGCUGGAAAAACUGUCAUCCCAAGUGAAGGACAUUGCUAAUAUAGGAGCCACUGUGGCUCAGACAGAUCAGCUGAUCAAAGACCUGGACAAUCUCAACACAAAGGCAGAGGAUGAGAUGGGCCGGGCUCAGAUCAUCAUCCUGCAUGGACACCAGCUGGCUGCGAGCCAUCACUAUGCCAUGGCCCUGAUCGUGCAGCGAUGCAAUGAGCUACGCCACCUCUGCGACGUGCUCACCAACAAACUGAAGGGCAAACGGGCCGCCCUUAAUCGAACCCGGGACCUUCUUCUGCGCCUGGAGGAGGUUCUGCGCUGGUGUGAUGAGGGAGCCUACCUCUUGGCCAGUCAGCUGGUGGAUAAGUUCCAGUCCAAGGAAGGGGCGCAGGCCGCCCUGUGGGACAUUGAGAAGUUGCAGGAGAGGGCCCCCCCUCCCCUCAGUGCAAGCCCUGAUGCUGUCAGUCUGGAGUUUGAGUGUGUCCUCACCCCGCAGCUGCAGGCCCAGAUUGGGGCAGCCCAUAAGAAGUUCUCUGACGUGCAGGGGAUGGUGCAGACCCGGCAGGUGUCCCUGAAGAAACUGGCAGACGUGCAGGUGCGGCCAGUCCAGCUGGUGGCGCCGCAUCCAGAAAACCCUCCCCGCUCAAAAUCCCCCCUCUUCUCCCCGAAACACGGCGUAGACUUCAAUUCCAAGUUCUCCUUUGACCUCUCUCUGCCAGGCAAAAGGGCCUCUCGGAAAGGUUCCAACUCCAGGAAGAUAGAGGUGAUGCACGACUACCAGGAGAAUCGCACUUCCAUGUCCUAUGGUUUGGAGGGAGAGGAGAGCCAUGACCUGCUCAAGCGCCACGUAAUCAAAGAGUUGAUUGAAACGGAAAGAAUCUACGUUGAGGAGCUGCUCUCUGUACUGCUGGGCUAUCGAGCUGAAAUGGACAACCCCGUCCUCUCGGGCCUUGUGCCGCCCAUCCUGCGUAGCAAAAAGGAGAUCCUGUUUGGAAACAUGCCUGAGAUCUACAACUUCCACAGCCGGAUCUUCCUACAGGAUCUGGAGGGAUGCUUGGACACUCCUGAGAGAGUGGGCGCAUGCUUCAUGGAGAGGAAAGAGAAUUUCCAGGUAUAUGAACGUUACUGCCAGAACAAGCCUCGCUCCGAAUCACUGUGGAGGCAGUGCUCUGACUGCCCCUUCUUCCAGGAGUGUCAGAGAAAGCUGGAGCAUAAACUGGGCUUGGAUUCGUACCUGCUGAAGCCAAUACAGCGGCUGACCAAGUACCAGCUUCUGCUGAAGGAACUGCUGAAGUACAGUGUGGGCUGUGAGAGGUUUUCUGAGCUGCAGGGGGCGUUAACAGCCAUGCUAGACCUCCUCAAGUCCGUCAAUGACUCAAUGCACCAGAUUGCUAUCACAGGCUAUGAGGGGGACCUGAGUGAUCUGGGCCGGGUGCUGAUGCAGGGCUCCUUCAGCGUGUGGAUCAGUCAUAAGAAGGGUCCCACGAGGAUGAAGGAGCUGGCUCGCUUCAAGCCCAUGCAGCGCCACCUCUUCCUGCACGAGCACGCUCUGCUCUUCUGCAAACGAAGGGAAGAGCAUGGAGAGGGAUACGAGAAAACGGCCUCCUACAGCUUCAAACACUGCCUGAGGAUGAGUGCGGUGGGGAUCACAGAGAACGUCAAAGGCGACGUGAAGAAGUUUGAAAUCUGGUACAGCGGGAGGGAGGAGGUCUAUGUAGUGCAGGCACCAUCAGUGGAAGUGAAGGUUGCCUGGCUCAACAAGCUCCGCAAGAUCCUCACCAACCAACAGAAAGUGCUCCAAGAUGAGCCUGUGCCUCCAUGCGCAGUGCCGGAACGUUCCCAGCUGUCCCCGCCCCUGUCCGACAGCGUGUUGGUGUGCACUGCGUGGAGCCCCUCCCGCCUCUCUGGCUGCUCAGGUUGUUUUGAUGUCCCUCCUCACAGCAAGCUGCAGAGCGCCUCCUACAGCUCGGAGGAGACCGAGUCAGGCCGCACCAGUCCGGUCCUGACCGACCCGGUGGUCUUCUCCCCUCAGCCUCAGCGCAACCGCCGCAGCUGGCCGGGCACCUCUCACUCAGCAGACAUAUGCGACGGGCAGGAGGACUGGAGCGGCACUACGGAUCUGUCUAACCUGUCAGACAGCGAGGAGGAGGACGUGCCUCAGCUGAUCCCAGGCAGGUACAGGGCCGUGGUGGAAUGUCAACAGUGUGGGCCGAAUGACCUCCUUAUCAAGUGCGGUGACGUCGUCCAGCUCUUGCACGAAGAGACUGAGGGGCAGUGGCUGGUGAAGAACGUGACUCGCUGGCAGGAGGGCCGGGUCCCUGCGGAGGACCUGCAGCUGAUUCUGGGAGACGGCUGCCGUGCCCACUCCAGCCGGCUGGGAGACCCAGGGAAUCUGAAAACACGGAAGCUGAGCUCUCCCUGAGGGAAUGAAGGGCCAAUUCCCUGCACUCUGCACUUAAAUCAGGCCCCCAGGCACACUGAACUCCACAGGGACGUCCGGUCAAAUCCCUCACUUUAUUCAUACUGAUUGUCCUCUCAAAUGCAGGGAAAGCUUGCUACUCAAAGCAGAAGAUCCACUUUAGGAGUAAAAAGCAGGUGAAGACACAGUUCAUAUUCUAAU